AAUUACGAGUUGUGACGCCGCGACGACAGCGACACCUGCCCUCGCUGGCCUCGUAUUUGUCGUAUUUAGCCUCGUUUGCGUUCUUUGCAACGCUUGUGCACCCAACCGCCAGGAUCGCAACAACGCGUAGCAGUACUUAGCAAUUUUGUGAAGCAUUCUUAUGUGCACUUUAAUCUGAAUUGUAUUUAUUGAUAAUAUGUGAAUAAAGGGGUUAGCGUUUACAAUCAUGACUUAUCAUGAAUAUCAUGAAGUGCUGCCGUGCUGCCAUCUGUCAGGUUCUAGCGUGGAGCAUGCUGGAGCACAUGGACCUGUCGGUAAACUUGGCUCUUUCGAAGUGCUGCUGCUGGUCCUUCUUCUCAACUUCCCGCCCCAGAAUGUUAGGCUAGGAGCAAGUAACAUUCCUCAUCACCCGUGACUUUCUCCAACCGAGAAUGGGACUGACGCACCAGUACCUGCGGUACCGCAGCGGACCGGUCUUCGGAGUCCUGGCGAGCGCCGACGCUCAGAUCACCUACCUCAACUACCAGAACGUAGCUUCAAGAUACUACGCCGUCACUGCGUGCGAAAACGUGCUGCUCUGGGACACGAGAACGAAGCAGUCCGUCAACACGUUCCGCGGCGAAAAGCACUCGGCGACGUGCCUGACGAGCAGCCCAGAUCACCGCCAGCUCGCCGUUGGCUAUGCUGACGGCGCGGUCAGAGUCUUCGACAUCAACCAGGCCGAAGCCAUCAUCACCUUCCAGGGCCACAAGGCCGCCGUGACGAGCCUCGAUUUUGACAAGGGCCGCCUGGCGUCUGGAGGCAAGGACUCUGUCAUCAUCCUGUGGGAUGUGGUCAGCGAAGCCGGUGUGUUCAGGCUGAAGGGCCACAAGGGAGUGGUGACCAGGUGCCGCUUCAUGAGGGACAGGGACAUUCUGGUGUCCAGUUCCAAGGACACGUUCGUCAAGUUUUGGGACCUGGCGACACAGCACUGCUUCAAGACGCUCGUGGGGCACCGCAGCGAGGUCUGGGACUUUGUGCUCGUCAAGGGGGACUCGUGGUUAGUGACCGGCAGCGCGGACAGCGAGCUCAGAGUCUGGCAGAUCGCGGACAAGGAUGCCGCGGGAGCCGCAGUGGACGCGGAGGCUAAGAAGAGCAAGGUCGGGCCGGAAGAGACUGACGGAAAGGACAGUGACGACGAAGACGAGGAUGAAAGCUGUCCCCUGACUUGCACUAAGUUUGGAAGCAUCAUGAGGGAGGGUAGGGGAAGGAUCUGCUCACUGGUGGCGGACCCGACCGAGAAGGCCAUACUCUGCCACGGGACGGACUCCCUCGUCGAGGUCUUCAAGUUGAACACCGAAGACGAGGUGAAGAAGAAGCUGCAGAAGCGGGAGCGCAAGGAGCGGAAGAAACGUCUCCAGACGGUAACUGAGGACGAGCCCCAAGAGGAGGUACGGGCCGUGGCAACUAUUGGAGAUACCAUCGAACGGUUGCAGUCGUUCAAGUGCAGCGGUAAGCCCUGCGCCAUCGACAUUCGCUCUGCGAACAACGGGCUGGCAAAGGUAGCUGUCGCCUUGAAGAACAACCAGGUCGAGUUCCACGUCCUCAAUGUGACGGACAAAACGAGCGUGCCAGCGCUUGCGGAUUGUGUUCAGCAUGCGGGACACAGGACCGACAUUAGGACGUUGUGUUUUAGCUCGGACAACACGGCUAUCCUCACGGCAAGCGGAGAAUCCGUCAAAGUGUGGAGCCGCACCAGUCAGCAGUGUCUCCGGAGCAUGGAGUGUGAGUACGCAUUGUGUUCCAGUUUCCUGCCGGGCGACCGCCACUGCGUCGUCGGCACCAAGACGGGAAAGCUGCAGCUCUUUGACAUUGGGGCCAAAGCCCUUUUGAGCGACAUCGAGGCUCACGAAGGACCCACCUGGUCCCUUGACACUUACCCAGACAAGAAAGGACUCGUCUCAGGAAGUGGCGACAAGACCGUCAAGUUCUGGGACCUUGACCUUGUUGAGAAAGAAGGCGCAAAGGCCUUGACGCUCGUCCACACGAGGACCUUGCAGAUGGCCGAGGACGUGCUCUGCGUCAGGCUCACGCCCAAUGGCAAGCUUCUCGCGGUGUCACUCAUGGACAGCACCGUGAAGGUGUUCUUCGUGGACACGCUCAAGUUCUUCCUGUCCAUGUACGGCCACAAGUUCCCUGUCCUGUGCAUGGACGUCUCGUACGACAGCACGCUGCUGGCAACGGGGUCGGCGGACCGCAGCGUGAAGAUCUGGGGACUCGACUUCGGAGACUGUCACCGGUCGAUCCUGGCCCAUGAGGACAGCAUCAUGUGCCUGCAGUUCCUGCCCAAAACACACAUGUUCUUCACGGGAAGUAAGGACGCCCGCAUCAAGCAGUGGGAUGCGGACAACUUCCAGAAGGUAGUCACUCUUGAGGGGCACCAGGGGGAGGUCUGGGCCUUGGGAAUCAGCCCCAACGGCAAGUUCUUGGCGACAGCGUCACACGACCGGUCCCUGAGGCUGUGGCUAAAGACGGAUGAACCUCUUGUGCUCGAGGAAGAACGAGAGAACGAGCGAGAAGCUGAAUUUGAGGCGAGCUCCAACUUGGAAGAGACGGUCAUACCGAGGGAAGGCGGCAAAGACGAGGUCGGUUUGGCAGCAAAGAAGACAGUGGAGACGGUAAAAAUUGCAGAGAGGCUUCUGGAAGCCAUUGAUGUCUACAAGGAGGAGAAGGCCAAGUUGGAAGAAUAUACAGCACUGUUGAAAACAAAUUCAAAAGAUCCACCUCAAAGGCCUGCCCCACACCCGCUGAUGACAGUCUACCAGACCACGUGUCCCGAGCGGUACAUGCUUGAGACCUUGCGAAGGAUCAGGUACAGCGAGCUGGAAGAAACUCUGCUGGUGCUGCCCUUUGGCUAUGUCAUUGAACUGCUGAAGGCCCUCUCGGAGCUGCUGAGCCGCAACUGGGAGGUGGAGCUGUGCUGCCGCUGCCUCUUCUUCCUGCUGAGGGUGCACAGCGGCCAGAUCGGGGCCACCUCAGCCCUAGUUCCGGUGGUGGACCGUCUGCGUCUGGCCACACUGGAUCGGCUCGGCUCGGCCAGAGACGCGGUGGGCUUCAACCUGGCCGGUCUGCGUUUCCUCCAGAGGGAGCUGGACUCGAGGGAGGAGGUGGCCCUCUUUACGGACGCCACACGGGCCUUCAAGGAGCGGAGGAAGAAGAAGGCCAGGAAGGAGAAGGCCAUGCUCUCGCUGAUAGCGUCCUGAGCAUUUGCGAGAAGUCCAGGGCUGGUUUGUCGCCGAGUGCAGGUAUCUCCCCCAGCAGUUACAAUAGGCGCAAAUGGGAUGUUCAGGCCACGCAUCAGGUUCCAUAGGAGGGAAGUACAUGGCGUUCCAGCCAUAUCCGCUCGGCAGACGUAAACCUUGUCUGUCGUUUCCUUCACUUAACAUGGCUUGCCUCAGGUACGGAAUGUUGCUCCUGACGUACACGAAUGCAAUCAAUUUCACUUACAUUUCAAGCCUGUUCACUCCAUUGCUGUGCUCUAAUUUGAACCUGAAUAAUCAAGUGAGGACAGACCUAAGGCAGCCAUUUGCCUGGAAUGCUAGGUACCUUCAGUUUCUUGUCCCCACGGAGCCGGUCACGUGAGCUCGAAAUUCCUCAUGCGGCUAUUUUACCUGCCGGGAGAGAUAGCCGACAUCGUCGGUAGACAGACCGGUCAACCAUCAUCUCUUUCGUGCAUCGAAGGUCGUCUCAAGGUCGACUCUGAUAAAGCUUCGGUUGUUUUCUCGU